AUGGAAGAGUAUGAGCGAUUGGGUCACAUGACCGAAGUAAACUUGGAUUCCAUGUUGACUCCAAGAUAUUUCAUUCCUCAUCAUUGCGUACUAAAACCAGAUAGUACAACUACUAAACUUCGAGUGAUGUUUGACGCAUCAGCCAAAACUACAUCUGGACACUCGUUGAAUGAUUUAAUGUAUAACGGACCGACAGUUCAAAGUGAACUCUUUUCAAUUCUGCUCCGGUUUAGGCGACCACGGUUUGUUUUUACCACAGAUAUCGAGAAAAUGUAUCGUCAAGUUUUGAUAAAUCCUGAAGAUCGACGCUAUCAACUUAUCAUUUGGAGAAGCAGUCCAAAUUCAACGAAGCGUUAUUAUCAGCUAAACACAAUUACAUUUGGAACUCGAGCAGCUCCUUACCUAGCAACAAGAUGUCUGCAAAAGAUAGCAUUAGAAAAUAAAGUGAAUUAUCCAUUAGGAGCUCAAAUCCUGUGUGACAAUUUCUACGUUGACGAUGGGCUCGGUGGAUCAGAUAGUUUAAUUAUGGCUAUUGAAGCUCAAAGGCAAUUAAUCCAUAUUUUAAAGAAGCAUCAGUUUUAUCUACGGAAAUGGAGUGCAAACCAUCCUCAACUUUUGAAAAACAUUUCUCAAGAUGAUCAAGAGGUAAAUCUAGAUUUUACUAAUGAUAAUAACGAGUCAAUCAAAACGCUGGGACUAUUUUGGUUGCCCAAAGCGGAUUUAUUUGGAAUUAAGGUCCAAAUGGUUACUGAAGGAAUAAUCACGACGAGAGUCGUUAGUUCUGAUUUAGCUAGACUGUUCGACCCACUUGGUUUAUUAGCUCCAGUAAUAGUCAAAGCAAAGAUUUUCAUACAACACUUAUGGCAGUUGAAAUUAUCUUGGGAUGAACCACUUCCUACAGAUCUUUGUACAACAUGGUCAACAUUUAGAGAAAACUUAAGUACUCUAAAAAACUUUCAAGUGGCAAGACAUAUCUUCAGAGGCGAGGUUCCAUCAUCAACACAACUACACAUUUUUGCUGAUGCAUCUGAAAAGGCAUUUGGUGCUGCAGCAUAUGUCAGAGCAAUUUUAAAGGAUGGUAGAAUAAUAGUAUUAUGUGCAAAGUCAAGAGUAGCACCACUCAGAAAACAAACGCUACCGCGACUAGAGUUAUGUGCGGCAGUCCUAGCAGCGGAACUCUCAGCAAGAGUCAAAAGCGAUCUUCAAGAGAAGGACCAGCCGCUAACAGGGCGGCAAGAAUUCAAACUGCCUGUUAAUACAGAUGAUCAACCAACAAUGGCUGAAGCUGAUCACGAAAUACCUCCUGACAACGUAAUUAUUGAAGAUAAAAAAGAAUCGUAUGAAGAGCCCAAGACAAAACGUAGAAAACUGCCGACCAAUUUGUACUGUUUUGUAUUACUUACACUAUUACUGAUAUUGCCAAUAGUAAUAGGAUCUCCAAUUGACAAUAAAAGGUUUGGCACAAAAUUGGGUAUUCACUUUGAAAAUCUGGGCACAACUGCCAUAUAA